GCCGCGGCCAGCUGGCGCCAGCGCUCAUAUAGGAUGCGCGGGGAUGGGACCGAGCCGGCCAGAGCAGCGGCUUUGCCAUCUGAGUAACACCCUCCAGCCAGCCUCCUCUCCUCCUCCCGCGCUCGCCCUGCUCCCCCCCCCUCCCCAACUCUGCUCUCCGGCUCCCUCUCUUCUUCUCUCCCCCCCCUUUUUUUUUUUUUUUUUUUCCCUCCCCUCCCCUCUCCGCCGCACUCGCACCCCUCCAGGCAGGCAGGCAGGCAGCCGUCGGCACCCACCCCGCGGGGGCACCCUGCCUCCCGCACCGGGUGCUGUCCCCGGACCUGCCUCCGCGACCUGUCUGCUGCCAGAGGGACACGCCGUCUCUGGGGGUCUCCCCCCAUCCCUCCGAGGGUGCGCUCCAGCCCCCCGACGGCGUUCUUUCCAGAAAAGCCAUCCCCACCUCCUAAGAGCCACCGGUAGCUCCAAAAGCCACCCGCGGGCAGCAGCCCCCUGCCCCGAGCGCCGCUCGCUCCCGGUCUUGGGGGUGGCUGGGAGGGGAGGCCCGAGGCCAUGGAGGUGGCCACGGACCAGCCUCGCUGGAUGACCCACCACGCCGUGCUCAACGGGCAGCACCCCGAGAGCCAUCACCCCGGACUGGCUCACAACUACAUGGAACCAGCGCAGCUCCUACCUCCGGACGAAGUCGACGUCUUCUUCAACCACCUGGACUCCCAGGGCAACCCCUACUACGCCAAUUCCGCCCAUGCCCGGGCCAGGGUCUCCUACAGCCAGGCACACGCCCGCCUGACCGGGAGUCAAAUGUGCCGGCCUCAUCUUAUCCACAGCCCUGGGAUCCCCUGGCUGGACAGCAGCAAGGCGGCACUGUCUGCCCACCACCACAACCCCUGGACCGUCAACCCCUUCACCAAGACGCCCCUGCACCCCUCGGCAGCCGGAGCGCCCGGGGCCAUCUCGGUGUACCCCGGCAGCAGCACAUCAAGCACCGCCUCCGUGUCUUCGCUCACCCCGGCCUCGCACUCCGGCUCCCACCUCUUCGGCUUCCCCCCAACCCCUCCCAAGGAAGUGUCCCCGGACCCCAACUCCACCAGCGCUGCCUCCCCUUCAUCCUCCGCUGGGGCCCGGCAGGAGGACAAAGACAGCAUCAAGUACCAAGUGUCGCUGUCGGAAGGGAUGAAAAUGGAGAGCGCCAGCCCGCUCAGAAGCAGCCUCACCAGCAUGGGGGCCCAGCCCUCCACCCACCACCCCAUCCCCACCUACCCCUCCUACGUGCCAGCUGCCCAUGACUACAGCAGCAGCCUCUUCCACCCGGGCAGCUUCCUGGGGGGCCCCGCAUCCAGCUUCACCCCCAAGCCGCGAAGCAAGGCCAGAUCCUGCUCGGAAAGAAAUCCGGUUUCUUCGUGUUUCCAUUUAGAAGGCAGAGAGUGUGUGAACUGUGGAGCAACUGCUACCCCUCUCUGGAGAAGAGACGGCACCGGGCAUUACCUGUGUAACGCCUGCGGGCUCUACCACAAAAUGAACGGUCAAAACCGACCUCUCAUUAAACCUAAACGGAGGCUGUCAGCGGCUAGGAGAGCAGGGACUUGUUGUGCCAACUGUCAGACCACCACCACGACCUUAUGGCGACGUAAUGCAAACGGGGACCCAGUUUGUAAUGCCUGCGGACUCUACUAUAAAUUGCACAAUGUGAACAGGCCUCUGACCAUGAAAAAGGAAGGAAUUCAGACCAGGAAUAGGAAAAUGUCCAACAAAUCAAAGAAAAGCAAGAAAGGCUCUGAGUGUUUUGAGGAACUGUCCAAGUGCAUGCAAGAGAAGUCGUCUCCUUUCAGCGCUGCUGCCCUUGCUAGCCACAUGGCUCCCAUGGGGCAUUUGCCACCUUUCAGCCACUCUGGACACAUCCUACCAACACCCACCCCCAUCCACCCAUCUUCCAGCAUCUCAUUUGGACAUCCACACCCAUCCAGCAUGGUUACAGCCAUGGGAUAAAAUCUGAUGACCAAGAGACCCACCCAGAAAUUAAGAACAUGGGGCUUUGCCUAAGAUGACACCAAGUAGGAAAAUGUUCUGCCAAGAAGAGAAUGUAGGGAUGGCAAAAGGGGAUCUUUGCUCCCAUGUGGUUUAACUCUUAACGCUGGACUUAAAACCUUGCAAAUGAUGGGUCUUCUGCAGAAACGCAUAGUGGUGCCUGUAAUGCACUUUGCCCCCUCAGGUAUAAGGAAAAAGAAGAACUCACCUGUUUGAUACUCAGUGGUCCAGCAGAAAGCAAAAGAUGGCAGAAGCAGAAGGAAGAGGCUGGAACUGGCUUUCCUUUUUCUCUUUGUUAUUACUGUGAAUAUUGUAAAGAGAUAUAAGCAGCCUCCCAGGAUGGAAUCGGCUCACUGGAAGCCACACAUGCUGGAUUUCUAUCGUGGACUUUGGGGAGGGGAAAAAAAAAAAAAGACAUCUUUAUAAAAACUUAAUUUUUAAAAUGAAAUCAGACAAAAAGUCAUAUUUAUUUUGUUCUUGUUUUCCACAAAAAGCCUCAACCCCUCCGAGUGCAUGUUUUUGUGCUGUUGUUUGCAAUGGCUACCCUGUAAGAAAAGCUGCCUUCAUAACUAAGGAGGGGGAGGGACAAUAUUCAGCAGCCCCCCUGGAUUAGCUCCAUCUAUCUUACGUAUCAAAAUAUCUGCUAGGAAGGGCGAAAAGAAAGGGUAAGCAAAGUUGCAGCCGUAGUACAGGAUUUCAGUGUGCCCAAGACAGUGAUUAUUUUUGACACUAUUUCUUAAUUCUUUUCCCUAAUGUGAAAAAUUAAUUUAAAAAAAAAAAAAAAACGGCCCGCCUCCCGGCUACCCUAUUGUUCCUCAAAACAGAUAGCUACGUCAGACAAAAUGUUGGGAAGAUACUUUUGGGAAGGCAGUCCUGCACUAGCAAGGGGUAAAAUACAGGCAUUUACGAAACUGUCGCAGCUAGCUUGCAGCACAGCAAAAAGCAUCACCGGGCAUAAAAACAUCCAACUCCCAGACUUCAGAGGUUGAAGCAUUUUGUUCUGUUGUGUUGGCAGCUGUUGCUUAAAAAUGCAGAUUAGCUGCUUGGGUAAACUUACGGCAGUGUGGCCACCAUGUCCACACGCAGCCAGUCAGCGCGUGUGCUGUCUCAGGCAUCCAGGCCCUGGUGGACUUCACAGGGAGGAAGGGCAGAAAUGAGGUUGAGAUCACUGGAGAGGGGAAAGAGAGAGACAAUCAGUUUGAGCUUCACACAUCCGUCAAAUCCCAGAUGCAGCGACAGCUGAUGAGACGAGGGAAAGCACCGUUCUAAGGGGAACGUCGUGUUUUCCGUAGUGCAUUUUAU